AUGAACUCAGUCGCCAGAUUCGUUAAAAUAUUCCGGAAUUCAUGUGGCAUACAUAAUAGAUCUGUAUUUUCCGUCUGUAGAAAUAAUUUGUCACAGUAUCAGGGUCGAAUAAAAUAUAAAGAAAAUGUAAUCAUUGCCCCACUUGCUACAGCUAGUCUCGCUCUUUCAAGUUUCGCUAGGAACAAACUCAAACCAACCACUGAAGCGGAUGUGGAAGACAAUAUACUUCAUCUGAUGACUUUGGCAAGAAUUGCUCUGGAAAAAGGAGAUACAGAUAGAGCAGAAGGUAUAUUGCAAAUGGGUUUGAAGAUAAGUGAAGAACACAAAGUAUAUUUAGGUAUGCCAUACAUGUACGAUAUCCUUUCUGCGAUUGCUUUCGCCAAAGGAAACCUUGGAAAAGCUGAACAACUUCUUGUGAACGUCAUUGAAAAACUACUUCAAGUUGGAGUUCCUGAGAGUAGUAACCACAUCGUUGACUUCAAAUUGAGGUUAGCAAGAAUUUAUAGCUCAUAUAAAGAGAGCAAUUUGGCAGAGAUAGGUUUCAGAACGUGCUUGAAUGAACAAAAAAGUAAAUUAGCUUCCGGUGAUUUCUCUUCGAAAACUGGCGUUUUGUACAUAAACAUUUUAUUCUGGUAUGCUCUCCACAAAAUUAGAAUGGAAGAAUACAACGAAGCAAAAAAAAUGUUGAAUGCAGCUUAUGAGUACGCUUAUAAAAUUGAAGGUUUAAGUCCCUAUCAAGAAAUGGUCCUUCUUUACACAUUGGCCGAUUUGAAUAUGACUCUUGAAGAUAAUAUAGUUGCGUUAGAAAUCAUGCAGAACACUAUUCUUAUGGCGAAAGGUAUAGGUAGUCCAGAUUUGCCGAAAUGUUACGUAAAAUUGGCAAAAAUUUAUAAAAGAAUGAAUUCACCAGAAAAUGCCAAAAUCAGCGCAGUAGAGGCAGCAAAACUGGCUAAGAUGUUCAGUGACCAAGAGGUAUAUCUAGAAGCCAAUAAACUCAUAGAAGAAAUCAAUAAAGCAUAG